AUGACUUCGUUAAUCGUUAUGAUGACAUUUACUAUGCAAUGUUUGAUAUUGGGAUUGAUUUUAUUUCAUCCACAUGUUUCCAGCAAGCCAAUUCUGUCUCCUGUCAAAUCGAAUUGUACCGUCAAUGUCGGCAGACGUUCGUUAACCGAAGGUCAAAACAUCGAAAUGAUGGGAAAACUUUAUAAAGUCGAACAUUGUAAACUUGAUCGAGCUUAUCACGCAUGCGGAGCUAAUCUCUUACAAAUGCUCAGCGUCGCGUGUAAUGUCAUUCAAAAGACAAAACAGAAAGUUACAGUCAACAAACGUCCACAUACUCGUGCUCGUCGAUAUAUUCAACGAAAAUUACUUACUGAAGCUUGUUGUGAAACGUUAUGCACUGUUUCUGAAAUGUUACAGUAUUGCCCGGAGAGUUAG